UAGGAACUUACACCUGUCACCUGGUCUCUGAAUACAGGAAGAGACACAGACUGACUAGCGACCGAAGCUCUGAGCACCUGGAAAGGAAUAAGUGGGACAGGGCAUGGCAUCUACCAUCUCUACCGUCAGCCUCAUCUCCGAGAGGCACUUCCUGUGCCCGCUGUGUAAGGACAUCUUCAGCAGUCCUGUGACUACUCCGUGUGGCCACAGUUUCUGUCAGGACUGCCUGUGUGGGUACUGGACCCGGCACCGUUCAGACUACUGUCCCCUCUGCAAGAGGUUGUUCCAUUCCAGGCCAGACGUUAGUGUCAACCGCAUCCUGGCUGACGUCUGUGACAACUACAGGAAGACACGGCCUGAGAGCCCUGAGGAGAGCCACGACACGCCACAGGUUGUAGACAUUGACCAGAUGAUCCAGGAGCGACUGAAGAAAGUUGACAGACUCAGACACUCCCUGCAGCUCCUCAAAAACUCGUGUGUAAGGGAGGUGCGUGAGAGCCAGAAGGUGUUCUCUGCCCUUGUCAGUUCCAUGGAGAAGAGCCACAAGGCCGUGGUGGCAGCCAUUGAGGAGAGACAGGGGGAGGAGGAGAGGAUUGUUGAGAAGCUGGUGAAGGAGCUGGAACAGGAGAUUCUACAGCUGAGGAAUGGAGACACUGACCUGAGGCCUUGUCAUUCCCAGCAGAGCCAUGAUGAGCUCGGUGGUGGUGGUGGUGGUGGUGGUCAGAAGAGUGUUGCAGUGAGCACCACUUCCACCACGGGCUACUCUGAGAGGAGGGAUUGGUCCAAGUUUUCCAUGGAGACAGACCCCUGUAUGGGCGUGACCAGGAGAGCAGUGUCAGACCUGAUGGACAUGGUUAAAGGAGAGCUCUGUAGACUCUCUAAAGCUGAGCUGAAGAAAAUACAGAAAUACACAGACAUCUCCCUGAGUCCCAAGACGGCCCACGCCUUUCUCUCGGUCUCAGAAGACCGGAAACAGGUGCGACACACAGACAAACACCAGGAGGUCCCAGACAACCCCAAGAGGUUUGACCGCGUGGCCAACGUCCUGGGAAGAGAAUCCUUCAGCAGUGGCAGGUACUACUGGGAGGUGGAGGUGGGAGAGAAGAUAGAGUGGAACCUGGGCGUGGCCAGACAGUCCAUCAACAGGAAAGGGAAGUUUACAGUCAGCCCAGCCAAUGGCUUCUGGACACUGAGCCUAAAGAGCGGGGGUCAAUACGUAGCUAACACCUCCCCCACUGUCACCCCCGUGGGCCUGGAGCAGAAGCCCAGGAAGGUGGGGGUGUUUCUGGACUAUGUGGAGGGCCGAGUGUCCUUCUACUGCGCGGAGACUGGGGUUCACAUCCAUACGUUUACAGAUGGCUUCACUGAUAGACUACAUCCACUCUUUAGUCCUGGGAGGCAACAUGGGGGCAGGAAUAUCGCUCCUCUGACUAUUAGUACUAGCUUCUGUAGCAUCUGAGCCCCCUGACUUAACCCCCACGCCUGUAAUAGUCAUUUAAUAAUGUCAUUAUGUAGCCUAAUGUAGAAUAAGGCUCACUCGGUCCUCUCUCACGUCUGCAUUUUCAGUUGGAUAAACUGGCUCCUUUCCUAAUAUUGAGUUAAUGCAGUGUCUGUGUUAUCAGGCAAUGAGCUGGGUAAUCAAUAGUAAUGCUAUAAUUUAUUUUAUUUAUAAUUUAUGACAGUAUAUAUGAACCCUCAAAUGUAUAUUUUUUACAAAGUGUUGACUUUUUAAAAAUUCUGUGCAUCAUUAAAAAAUCUGUAAAUUAUUCACAUACAUUCUAG